AUUUCAUCUCUACAUGGCGCCUAAUCACGAUAUCGCUACUCGAGCUUUUAGUUGUUGCCCUUAAAUCGCCAUCUGUGGGCAAAACUACCCAACAGGUCGUCUCAAUUACUGGACUACCAAAGCGCACUGUCGAUAGCAUCUACGGCCGAGCGGUCAAGCGUGGGUUUAAUCCUAACGCCGUCCCUCUUGCUAUAGAAGACAAAUAUCUUGAAGAUGCUCCCCGAUCUGGCCGUCCAAAUAAGCAGACAAGCGAGGUUCAGCAAUCUCUCACCCAGAAGCCAGGAGGUUAUUAGGCUUGAAGGUGGUAAUGAUCACACCCAGAGGAGGCAUUUGCCCAAUUUGAAAUGUGGCUUUUUUAGUGCCUUGGCGUGGGCAAAGAC